GUUGUGCCCACCCAAAACCACCGCUGCAGCCACAAGACCUCCGGCGACGCCAUCAGCCUCAGCCGCCGCCAAGCACUACCGCCACGACGAUACUUCCUGUCGCGACUCUGUGCAGCCACCGCCCUCAACAAGGCCGCCGCACAGCGGCAGGGCCAGCGACCAUCGCAGGCCUUCGCCCGCCGCUGCCCACAGCAGUGCCGCCGACCGCAGCAGCUGCCCACGGAAGGGCCGGCAACCACGGUAGGCCGCCGCCCAUCGCUGUACCGCUGACGACAGCAAGCUGCCGUCCACGCUAGCGCCGCCGACACAGCCGGGCAGUUCCCACUCAGCCCUUUCCUCGACCUCUAUCCUCUCGACGGCCGCAGCCUCGAUCACCUACGAUGGAGGAGAUCGGCCAGUACGAGACGUAGUUAAUUCCCCGGUUCUCCGCCGACACAGAAAACUAGGAAAACCCUAAUACGCAACUUCUCGAGGGAAGGAGCCAUUUCCCUCUUGUUGAUCUGGUUUAUGGAGUCCUCGCAGAGCAACAUCCGAGAUGGAUCGGCCGGCGGAAGCGGCGGCGAGGGCGGUGACGGUGGAGGUGGAGGAGGAGGAGACGUGGCAUGGCUUUCUUCCAUCUCCGAACCCGAACUUGAUUUUCUUAUUAGCCUGAAAGAAUUGAUUGUCAGACGGGCAAAAACCAUUGGCCAUAAGUAUCUUGCCGACAAAUUUGAUGUGAAAAUGCUUAGAGCUCUGGGUAUUGUGUUGUUGGAAUAUUUUAAAGAACAUGCAGAAAGUGCCUGUGCUCCCAAAUUGGCUGAGACGUUGGCAUUGUUCAAUGGAUGUGGUUCUGGCACUCAGCCUAGUCAUGCCUCUAUGGUUGUUAGUGAAUCGAUGCAAGCUUCAAGUUUUAUGACCCCAAGGCGUAAGCGCAUGUGGGAAGGGAAGAGCAUGGCUAGGGUUUCACUGGAGGAGGUAAGGGAAGAGGAGAAAACUAGGGAGGGAAAGAGAUGGCCGUGGAGGAAGGACGAGGCUCCCCAGUCAGCAGCUAAGGUCACCGAGGGAGAUGCCAGGUCAAUGAGGAAUACGAUUCUCGCAAGGCCAAUGUUGGUGGAUGGAUCCCAAAACGAGGAGCAGGAUGAGCCAUUGGUGAAGGACACCGACGAGGAGUUCAACGAUGAUCGUAUGGGAAGAAGAUAAGAAAGAAGCUGCAGCUGGAUAACAAGACUAGGACAAAAAGAAAGACUGAGAAAAAGGCAGUAAAUGCAAGUCAGGAGAAUCAGGAAACCGAUCAUUCUUCUGGUACUAAGUCCUAUUGCAAGUAGGCUGUAGAUAAUGAAUAUCAUCCGCCGGUAUUCAGCCUUAUCCCAUUUGGUUUGUCAUGAUUACAGCUUUCCCAUCAUCUUUGUGUUAUUUGAAAUCUUGAUGCCAACAUAUGGCUGGGCCAAUCUUUGGCCUUGCAAAUAGAGUUGUGUAAAUGACCAUAACACAAUCCAUCAUAGUGAUGGUGCUUCUUUUAUGUAUUAAUUUUUUAGAUUAUAGGCAAUGAUGGCUCUUCAUGCUUAGGCUCAUCCCUACCUCACAUAUACUCUCCAUAGUCAAGGCUGAAUAAGCACAUGAAACCAUGAAACUUGGGUUGUUAAUGUUUGGAACCCAUUGUUGGACACCAAUCUCCAUGAUUUGAACCAAAGACAAAUACUGACUAAAUUAAUGCAUAAUAUGAUGUUUUCAGAAUUUUUGAUAUGCACUAUGCACAGUGCAAAGUACUAGCAACAGGGAUGUCAUACACUUAUGUAGACUACCAAUAUAUAGUAUACCUUAACUAGAAUACCAUAUGCAAGUAGAGAAAGGUACAUGCCCGAUCCAACAUUUGCAGAAAGAAAUAGUGAUGAAGUUAUCAGGUUUAAUUAAAACAUGAAUAAAGCUUAAGUUACAAAGUAAACAUGGUAGAAAGUACUAGAGAGCUUAAAACUAAUUUUGAAAAUAAUAUGAUAAUUUAAGCAGCAUUUAGGUAAACAUAAUGGAAAAGACUAGGAAGCAUAUCAUUUACCUUUAAUGGAAAUUUUGCAACCUCAAGCUAACCUCCUAACCAACUUUCUCAAACUUAGAUGUCGAUUGGCGCUCAAAUUUUGCUUGGUAGAAUUCUCUCGAUGAUAUUUAAAUGUAAAUUGAAGAUCAUGUUGGACAUUGUUUACUUUUUGGUGUUUCUAGCAUGUAAUGUACUUACUAAAUUGAAGGGCAUCCCUCUUGCCCUUGGUUUUGCCAUAGGGUGUCCUCACAGUGAGGCCAUCAGACUCUAAUAGAAUGACUUGGAGUGUGAUGGCAAUUAAAGACAGAGAGGGAGGUUAUAUGAUUUCAGAGAAUAGGAGAAAAAGGAUAAGAAGGGUGUGUGUGUGAAUGCAAUUCGUCUUCAUUUUGUUAUCAUGGUAUUGAUGUAUGACCCUGAUAUUCUAAGCUUUCAAAUCAUAUGGCAGAAGACCACUUGGGAAGCGUUCAUGCAGCAAAGUAAUUAUACUGUGAUAACAUGCAAUACCACACGGUUGCCCUCUUCCAGAUGGACCUUAGUAGAACAGAAUACCUAAUUGACAACAAUGGGCCACCAUCUUCUUAACUAAUAAAGACUAACCAUAUUAGUUAUGAUAACAUCAGAGACAAAAUUGAUGAUGCACUUUUGCAAUGCUGUCUUUUCUUUCGCUCGACUAGUUAUUAGUUUGUUGGUUUCUUGAGCUGAGCUUGGAUUGGGUUUUUACUAACAAGUCCACAUGGUUUAGGAUGAAAAGAUUGUUAUUAACUUGUACUUUGGAACAUAUGGCAUUAUGUCAAUCCAUAUACUGUUAACUAAAGAUUUAAGUUGAAUCAGAGAGGUGACAAGUGUGAUAGAGUGGCAUAUUUUGAAUUUGUUCUUAAAUGAAUAUAAAGUUCAUGAUUUUCUCUCAUUUAAUUAAAUCAUUUUUUGAAUCGUUUCUGUUUCCUUCAAGUUUGCAAGUUGGCAACAUGAAAAUAUAUUAGCUAAGUUUCUUUCUAACUGUUCAUCCCAAAUUAGCACCCAUCAGCAUUUGUUUGAUAAAGCAACAUACUCAUAUUCAUCUUUUACUUCUUUUAUGAUGUGUAUGGAUAACAUUUGUUUUCUGUUAUAGAUUGAGCUUUAUGAAGAAUAUGAACUGAAGAUGCUGCCCCCAUUUCUUGGCAGCAGUCAGCACUAUAGAGUAUAGACUAGACAAGG